AUACAAUUGAAAGAAGAAAAACUAAAACAUCCUUUUCAUCAUCAAACUUUUUUUGGGGGGUUAUUCUAUCAUCAAACUUUGCCUGCUGCUUGUUUUAGUGCAAUAUCUGCAGAUCCAAUAUGGGUUUUGUUGUGGGAACCAUAAGCAUCCUUAUUUCAAGCAGUGUGUGUUUGUACUUGCUCUUGGUUCUCAUCAACCUCUUUCACAAACUAUGGUGGACUCCAAUUAAGAUAGAGCGUAUGCUGAAUUCACAAGGAAUUGGAGGCCCAGGCUACAGAUUCAUCCAUGGAAACACCAAAGAAAUCCGCACCAUGAGAGCCGAGUCCAUUAGCAAACCCAUGGAUUUAUCCCAUCAAGUAUUUCAGAGACUCCAGCCUCAUAUACACUCUUGGCUCAAGAUUUACGGAAAGAAUUUUCUUAUGUGGAAUGGUCCAAAAGCUCAGUUAGUCAUUACGGACUCGGAGUUUGCCAAAGAAAUACUCAAAAACAAAGAAAAAGCUUACAUUCAAAUGGAAAUAGAAGGCUACUUAAAGAAGCUAUUGGGUAAUAACAGUAUUGUGACAUCUGAAGGUGAAAAAUGGUCAAAGUUACGAAAACUAGGCAACCAUGCUCUUCAUGCAGAGAGUUUGAAAAACAUGGUUCCAGCAAUGAUCUCUAGUGUGGAGAUGAUGUUAGAAAGGUGGAAGCAUUGUGAAGGCGAAGAAAUUGAGGUGUAUGAAGAGUUUAGAUUAUUAACAUCAGAAGUUAUUUCAAGAACAGCUUUUGGGAGUAGUUAUUUAGAAGGAAAAGACAUAUUUGAGAUGUUGACGCAGUUGGGUAUUAUAACUGUCAGAAAUGUUUUCAAAAUCAAGCUUCCUGUUAUCAGUCAAUUUUGGAAAAGUAUUGACGGUAUAGAAUCUGAAAAACUUGAAGAAGGGAUACGAGAUUCUAUUUUAGAGAUUAUAAAGAAAAGAGAAAACGCAAUGGCAGAAGUUGGCAACUAUGGGACUGAUCUUCUUGGACUACUUGUGAAGGCAAGUCAUGAUGAAGAUGAGAAUAAGAGGAUUACAGUGGAAACUGUGAUUGAUGAGUGCAAGGCCAUUUACAUUGCUGGACAUGAAACUACAACCACCUUGCUUUCAUGGUCUGGUCUUCUUCUAGCAAUCCAUACAGAUUGGCAAGAGGAAGCAAGAAAGGAGGUCCUUGAGAUGUUUGGCCAGCAACAUCCAAAUGCAGAAGGCAUUCCAAGAAUGAAAAAGAUGAGCAUGAUCAUUAAUGAGUCUCUAAGACUAUAUCCUCCUAUCAUGUAUAUUACAAAAAAAGCUCAACGGAAAGUCAAACUGGGACAACUUACUCUUCCGGCCAAUAUAAAUGUGACUAUUUUGAUAUUGGCACUUCAUUUUGAUCCUCAAAUAUGGGGAGAUGAUGUGUAUCUUUUCAAACCAGAACGAUUUUCAGAAGGAAUUGCUAAAGCUACCAACAACAACCCAGGAGUGUAUCUUCCUUUCGGUUUUGGACAACGAAGUUGUGUUGGCAUGAACUUUGCAAUCAAUGAAACAAAAAUUGCCUUGUCAAUGAUUCUGCAACGCUACGCCUUUACUCUAUCCCCAACCUAUAGUCACUCGCCAGUCCAACUUUUAACAGUUCGUCCGCAACAUGGGAUUCAAGUCAAGCUUCAUCCUCUCUAGUAUAGUAUAGACAAGUUUUGCUAGUAAGUUGGUUUUUUUGGGUGAAGAUAGUAAUAAACCUUUGCAGUUUCUAUUCAAUCAGUUGUACACUAUGAUGGCAUUUGAAGAUUGUUGAACUAUGGUGGAGUGAGUGACUAAUAAAGUUUUGUAAAAAUAUUUCUAUAUAUAUAUCAAUAAUCACAUUAGUUUUAUAAAGACAUGGUCAAUUUUAACAUUUAUUUAAUAUAAUUAAUGCCCUUGACUAUUUGUUUGAUCUCAAUAUAAUCCCUUCUUAUUUAAAUUCUGAGGCGAGUAUGUUUGAUUGAGCAUUUGAGCCAAUGGAGUGGAGACAAUUGGAACGUGGAGCGUCAUAGUGAUCAAUGGAUUUAUAAAGCUUGACUUGUAAUGGAGAUCAGGCUUUUUUAAGUUUGUGGUGCGUUCAAUUGCAUUGUAGGUAUAAGAUAUAACUUGGGUUAGAGUUUGUGAGACUUUCAAUUAUGCCUUCUAACUGUUCGAUUCAUUGUUUAAUAGAAAGUGAGUAUUCGGUGGUAGUGUUUUCA